GAGCAGAGUGAAUCGGAGGAAGCCGAAUCGGAUUCAGACGCAUCUACUUCCUCGGAUGGUGCCCAGAAGCCGCGCGAGAACAUUGCCUUGGAUGACGACCAGAAGCCGUCUGAGAACAAGGAGGCCGCCCCCUUGGACGACGUGUACCAGUUGGAGUUAGAGGUGGACGGUUGGGACGGUGACUGGUUGGAUGCGUGGCGAUCCGCCGCUUGGUUGUUCGAUAAGAGAACCGGAGGGUCUGAUGAUAAGAAGGAGAUCAUAGCCAAUCUUCUGCGGGAGGUUCACAAGGCCAAGAUGGCCUGGGAUGCCGCGUGA